AUGCCGGCGCUCUUCCGCUCGCUCCUCCAUGGCCACCUGCCCUUCACCCACCACUCGUUUGGUGUCCCUUCGGCAGUUCAAGAGAGCAGAGCGCUGCUGCUCUACUUCCUGAACACAUUCCUGGGGGCGGGCGUGAUGAGUGCCUUCGGCAAGCUCGCCUCCGCCGCCGGCGCCCACUUCUUGUUGCUGGUGGCAGCCCGGUCUGCGGUCCUCUGCCUGCUGCUCAUCCCCGUGCUGUGGCAUCACCGCGUCAAUCCCUUCUCAAUCACUGCGACGUUCCCAUUGCUCCUCCUCCGCGGACUGUUUGGCUUCAGCAGCCUUUCGCUCUGGUACCUAAGUCUAGCCCUUCUGCCGCUGUCGGACGCUAAUGCACUGAGCUUUGUGUCCCCUGUGCUGGUGGCUGUCCUCGCGCCGCUCGUGCUGGGCGAGCCCACGCCCCGAGCCGUCUACGUGUCGCUGCCGCUGUGCCUGGCAGGCAUGCUGCUGGUGGCGCAGCCCUCGUGGCUCUUUGGCAGCAUGGCUGGGCCGACCAGCACCCUCGGCGUGGCCGUGUUCUCUGCUGCCUCCAGGCUGGUCAUCCGAGCGCUGAACCGCCACAAUGAGCCGCUCGAGAGCAUCAUGUUUUCCAUGGGGGCCUGCAGCUUGUUGGGCGCCGCGCUCGGCUGCCUGGUGCUGCCGGGCGUGCAGCUGGAGGCGCCCCGGCACGCCGCCGCCUGGGGCUACCUGGCCGCCACCUCCCUGCUCGCCUUUGUGGCCAUGUUCACGGCGGCGUGCCGCAAGUGCAAUGCGGCCAAGGCGGCCUCCCUGGACUACCUCUCGCUGAUAUGGACGCUGAUGGCCGACGGCCUGGUCUUCCACAAGCUUCCCAGCAGCCUCUCCCUGGCCGGCGCCGCAAUAAUCACGGCUGCCAGCCUGGGAGCCAUCCUUUGGGGCCUGAGGGCAGGCCAGCCUGGGGCUGGGCAGGACACAAGCGGCGCAGCUGCCAAGCCCACGCCGCUGGAAUACAAGCAGGAGCAUUACCUGGGAGCUGCUGCGGGCGGCAAGCACUCGGCCAGGGCCCUGGCCGCCGCCUACAGCGACAGCACCUGCGAGGGCGAGGCGCUGCCGCUCAUCAUGACAGCGGAGGCACAAACACAGAUGGAGGCGGCUGAGGCGGGCACCGAGAAGCAGGGGCCUGCCGUGCAGGCGGCAGCGCUGUCUCGCAUCAUGCUGAAGACCGGGGCAGAUGCGACUGGCAUGGCUGGCAGGGCGGUGCCCGCCAAGCUCCCCCUGACGGGCUGGCUGACCGAUAGCAGCAAGAGCUGGCAGCUGGGCACAGAGGUAGAAGGCGAAGCUGCGGCAGCAGGAGGGGUCCCUUAUGCUGGCUCUGGAGGCAUUGUCCUGGAGGCAGUGGGCGCCCCACAGGAGGCUCUCGGCGCCCCAGAAGAUGCACUCGGCGUCGAGCUGCAGGCGGUGGCGGCAGCGCCCGCUGCCACUCGCACCAGCAGCGAGAAGGAGCGGGCACUGCAGGCCGCUGGCAAGUGA